AUGCAGCUUCGUAUUCCAUUCGUCCUUGCAGCCGUUGCGCUGGGUGCCCGUGCCGCGACUACCUUGACGGGUCAGUACAGUUGCGCCACUUCUGGCAACUACCAGCUCUGCAACGACCAGUGGGGUUCCGGUGACGGUACCGGCUCGCAGACCUCCACCUUGGAGAGCACCAGCGGCAACAGUAUUACCUGGUCGACGAACUACACCUGGGCUGACAACGAGAACGAUGUCAAGACCUAUGCCAAUGUCGUACCGACGUCCGGCGCCAGCGGCAUGACUCUCGCGGAUAUUACUUCUGCUCCGACCACUUACAGUUGGCAGUACACGUCUCAGUCUUCCGGCCUGCGUGCUGAUGUCUCAUAUGACAUCUGGACUGGAACGUCCGCCGGGGACCCCGCUUCUAGCACUUCGAGCUACGAGAUUAUGAUCUGGCUCUCCGGCGAGGGAGGCAUUGAUCCCGUCGGCUCCCAGAUUGACUCCGGCAUCACCGUCGCUGGUAACACCUGGAACCUCUGGUCUGGCCCCAACUCCAACUGGCAGACCAUCUCCUUUGUCUCUGCCAACGGCAACAUCAACGACUUCAGCGCGGACAUCAACGACUUUUUCCAGUACCUCGAGGAGAACCAAGGUGUCUCUACGUCCCAGGUCCUGCAAGCCAUCCAGGCCGGAACCGAGGCAUUCACCGGAACCGCGACACUCACCGUUUCCGACUACAGUGUUACCGUCAACACGUAA